GCUGGAGCAGCAGAGGACGCAGAAGAGCUGAUCCUCCGCGGAGAGAGCUGAAGGGUGUGUGAUGAGCAUGGCGGGCCAGGAGCUGAAGGUGGUUUGUACAGAAGAGGAGGAGAAGCAGAGAGGCCGGAGAGUGGAGGAAGAAGAGACUCAGGAGGAGUGCAGCGCUACCGAGGCUGAAACUCAGGGAACACACGCGCUAACAGACCAGCAAGAGCCUCCCUGUAGUAACAAGGAUGAGGAGUGUCUAGCCUGCCAGUCAGUAUCAGUCCCUACUGAGACCUCAGAACAUCAGCUACUCUCAGGAGGAGACGAGGAUGGAAAAAACAAAGUGCAGGGACCUGGAGGAAAGGAUGAUGGAUUUGAUUCUGCUGAACUGAACCAGAAGCAGGACCACAAUGAUCUGGAGGCUGUGGGGAGAGACCAAGUGCCAGAACAAAAGCAAGGGAACCAGGAGACUCCAAAAAACAAAGCACACUUAGAGAACAUAGAAAACCAAGAGAGACAAACACCAGAUCAGCAUGACCAGGAGGGAGCUGUCCCAAUCGUGAUGGUCACCAACUUAGAAGAGGCACAGGCGUCAGUGGAGAGGCAGGCAGAGGACAGCGCAGAAUCAGAAAAGCAGGAGGGCACUGUGCCCGCUAAUGCCAACCCUGCCACCAGUCCCAGUGACGUCACAGACUUCAGCGGCAGCGACCUGCAGUCCCUUAAGAGCGACACCUUGUCUCUGCUCAGCGAAACAGCCAUCUCAGGCAAGAGUGAUGAACAUGAAAGCCUUGAGGAAGAUACCAGGAGUGUAGCAGCAUCCUCUGUCAUGGAAGGCCCUGAGGAAGAUACCAGGAGUGUUACAGCAUCCUCUGUCAUGCACAGGGUGAGCCAGCCUCUGUCCCCCCAGCAGGCGGGCAGCUGAAGGACAGCCCCCUCGGCGAAUGCUCGCGUUUUUUAAUUAACGUGGAGGUGACACCUCUCCCCUGCACAUCUCUCACCUGCGCUGUAAACAGUCUCUCUUCCAGAGGAUGCAGAUGGACCCUCUGGAGCGGGAGUGGUUACGGUGUGCAGCAUUAGGGAAUGCUCCUGGUCUGCGCCAGCUCCUGCUGCAGGACCCC